AUGGCGUCCGGCAUUGCUGCUGGCUCCAGCCGGAGCAGGACAAGCCUCUUCUCGACGGAGUUCCUCGUCCCGAAAUGGGCCAAGCUCUUCUUCCUUGUCGUUGGCCUGCAGGCCCUGAUCUGCGUGGCUUUUGAGUCGUAUAUCAUCGGACUCUGCGUGGCCAACCUGGCCAUCUUCAUCUACGCCGUCCUCCAGAUUGACCAGAUUGACAAUUCAAUCAGUCGGCUGCUCCAGGCCGGCGCCUUGAAGCCCGAUGCUGACGACAGCGACGUGUGGGCGUUUGCUAGACCCUUCCUCAUUGCCGUCCCGGCCAUCGUCGGCGUCGUCACCGUCCUCAUGGGCGGCAUUGCGUACAAGCUCUACCGGGAGUUCGCUUGGGACAUUCUGAAGCUGAUCGGUGCCGACUACCGCAUGAAGAAGCGGUUCCUGCACUACCAGAUCUACAUCGCCCUGCUCAAGUUCGACUUCUUCUUUUUCCUCGGGUUUACGGUGCAGUUCCUCGUCAUCGUCAACGGCAUCAGCGACGCCGAAAUGGGACUGCACAUAGCCGCCAUCCCCGUCACCAUCGCGAUCCUGUUGUGCGCCGCGUUCUUCACCCAGCGCGAGAACCGGAUCGGAAUGUGCCUCGUCAUCCUGCUCUACUUCGGCGGCCUCGCCUACUUCUUCUUCAAGCUGGUGCGCAUCUACCAGCCGGGCCACAGCCAGGACUACGUCGCCGUCCGCCGCUCGCUGACGGCCUUCGCCGUGCUGACCAUCAUCCUCAUCAUCCUGACCAUCAUCAACGCGUUCAUCUGCAUGAGCAACUUCGGCGCCGGGCUCAAGGCCCACCUCGUCCGGCCGAGGGGUCCGGACCCGGAGAAGGAGGACGCCAACUCGUACCAGAUGAACGACCACAAGCCGCAGCUGCCUAGUCGGAUGACCAUCGACUAGAGAGACGGACGGGUGUGCAUGCCUUUUUGGCGGGACAGGCUGAUAAUGGAGGAGGCGGAGGACCGAGUCGAGCGCAAAGCGAAGCAAGGCAAGAAAGACGGUUGCAAAAAAAAAAACACAAUAACGAGAUCACGACCCUGGCGUCUGAAACUAAGCGGCAGCAAGCAAGUGCUGGAAGAGAGAAGAUACCUUUUGUUUUUUUGUUC